AACUGUAAACAAUAGUUCGCUCCGUUGGUUCGCUCUCGUCUCGCGGCCAGUUUUGUGUUUUUCCCCAAUUGAAGUUUCUUUUUGCCUUACGUUUAACAUACCGAACAUGUCUUUAAAAUGAAUUGGAAACCACAAUCAUUUAUUUUUAGUUGCCUAUAGUUUACUAGAAUUAACGCCCGUUUAUAUCUCGGCAUCAAAACUUUUCCAACAGGCAGCGAUGAAGCUCUUCUGCCUUAGCAGCAAUCCAAACAAGCCAUGCAGCGUUCUCAAAUUCAAGAACACCACCAUCAUGUUCGACUGCGGCCUGGACGCUACGUCUGUGCUGGGAUUUCUUCCCCUACCUUUGGUUUUGAGCACGCGGCUAUCGAACCUGCCGCUCUGGACGCCGCGGGAAGCGGGCGAUGCGCAGCUUGAAGGGGAAUUCAAAGAAGCCAAUGGAAGGGUGUUCGUGGACAGCGCUCCAGAAUUCUGCAUCCCAGAGACUGGUCUCGUGGACUUUGCGGAUCUGGACGUCAUCCUCAUCUCCAACUACCAGUCCAUGCUGGCCCUGCCCUAUGUCACCGAAGGCACGGGAUUCAAGGGGACCGUCUACAUGACUGAACCGACCUUGCUGAUUGGCAGGCAGUUUAUGGACGAGCUGGUGACAUACAUCGAGAGGACACCAAAACCCAGAACAGCGACCAAAUGGAAGCAACAGGCCGUCAAGUUUCCGCAGCUGUCUUCUCAGGAUUUGGGCAAGCCCCGGUCCUGGAAGCAACUGUACAACAUGCAUGACGUCAAUAGCAGCCUCUCCAAGGUCAAGGUGGUUGGGUUCGCCGAGAAAGUGGAUGUCUUUGGGAUGGUCCAAGUCUCUGCCGUGAGUUCGGGCUACUGCCUGGGCAGCUGCAACUGGAUCGUCACCGCCGAUCACGAAAAAAUAGUGUACAUGUCUGGCUCGUCUACCCUGACCACUCACCCCAAGCCGAUCGAGCAUGGCCCGCUGCGUAACGCGGACGUACUCAUACUCACCAGCCUCACCCAGACACCGCUGGCUAAUCCAGACACCAUGCUUGGAGAGUUCUGCAUCACUGUCGCAAUGACCGUCAAGAUGGGCGGCAAUGUGCUCAUCCCGUGCUACCCUUCGGGGGUUACCUACGACCUGUUCGAGUGCCUCUCCGGCCACCUGGAGACGACCGGGCAGGUCAACGUGCCCAUGUACUUCCUCUCCCCCGUUGCGGACAACUCCCUCGCCUACUCUUCUAUCCUAGCCGAGUGGCUUUCUUCUGCAAAGCAAGCGAAGGUAUACCUUCCCGAAGAGCCCUUUCCCCAUGCCCAGCUGGUCCGUGGGGGACGUUUGAAGCCCUUCUCGAGCAUUCAAGCGGAAGGGUUUACAGCCGACUUCCACACGCCCUGCAUUGUGUUUGCGGGCCACCCGUCCCUGCGCUUUGGCGACGUCGUCCACUUCAUGGAGCUCUGGGGUCCCUCAUCCAAUAACGUCGUCAUCUUCACAGAGCCGGACUUCAACUUGGCGGACGCCAUCGCGCCGUUUCAGCCGAUGGCAAUGAAGGCCCUCUGUUUCCCGAUCGACACGAGCCUGAGCUUUGUGCAAGCCAAUAAGCUUGUGCGUGACCUCAAGCCGAGCAACCUCGUGCUGCCGCGCCAGCACACGGUGCCCCCCCUCUUGCAGCCGCACCGGAGCGACCUUGUCAUCGAGGCGGACUGCGACGUCCAGACCUUCACUCGUGGCAGCAUUGUGCACAUCCCGGUUCAUCGGAGGUACCAGAGGAUCGAGAUGAACGCGGAGCUGGCGUCUUCGCUGGUGCCCGUCGAGGUGAAGCGGGGACAGGGGGUAGCAACACUGACCGGCUCCCUCUACAUCAGCAACAAUCGCUGCGUACUCAAGCCACUCCAGAAAGAACCGGCUGGUAGCAAGCAGUGGAACAGCCAGGCUGCCCCCAAGACGUACACCUUCGGGAGUUUGGACGUCACGGAGUUUGCGCGGAAUCUCGAAAAGGCCGGGUUCACCGACGUCAAGGUGGAAAACACAAGUUCCGGAGUGAUUGUGCAUUUGCCCAACGAAGACACCAUUAUACAAGUCGACGAACAUUCCACACACGUGUUUUGCGAAGGAGACUACGCCGUGCGCACCCAACUAAGGGACUUGCUGCUCCAGAACCUCAGCAAAUUCUGACCAUCCACGCUAAUAAACUAAUAAAUGUUGUAUGUCAUUGUA